AUGGCUUCUUUGAAAGUAUUCCUGGUUUUUGUGUUUGCUAGAUACGUGGCUUCCGAUGGAGAUGCUCUUCUAAAACCCUGCAAACUUGGUGACAUGCAAUGCCUUAGCAGUGCGACAGAGCAGUUUUUGGAGAAAACCAGUAAAGGGAUACCACAAUACGACAUAUGGCCUAUCGAUCCACUAGUUGUGACGUCAUUGGAUGUAAUUGCUCCAAACGAUGCGGGAGUCGUGAUCCGCUUCAAAAAUUUAAACAUCACGGGUCUAAAGAACCAGCAAAUAUCUGAUUUCCAAAUGGACACUAAAGCGAAGACGGUGCUGCUGAAGACGAAAGCUGAUUUACAUAUUGUUGGGGACAUUGUAAUCGAGUUGACCAAACAAUCGAAGUCCUUCACAGGACUUUACACGGCCGACACAAAUGUCAUUGGAGCAGUCAGGUAUGGGUACAAUUUAAAAAAUGAUGAUAACGGAGUUCAGCAUUUUGAAGUCCAGCCGGAAACGUUUACGUGUGAAAGCAUUGGAGAACCGAAAGUUACUCUCAGCUCAGAUUUGAACAGCGCAUUGGAAAAAGAUUCCGGUACUAAUUCCUUGGACACCGAUAUGGAGCCUUUGAAAACGUUAAGAGAAGCAGCUAUUUGUAAAAUAGCAGAAUCGUGCUAUAUCAAUGUUGUGCACAACAUUAGAGCUUCGGCCAAAAUCUUACCUGCGUCAAGCUUCUUCGAAAAUCUUAAUUAA